GGGAGGGAAUGAGCGGGGGCGUGGAGACCCGCUCCUGGAUAGGAGGAGGUCCCGGGCCGGGUCACGGAGACCGGUGAGAAGUGGGAGAGGAGGCCCGGAAGCGAGAGGGGAGUUUUCAACGGCCAGGUGGGCCUCCCGCCUUGCAGAGUAAACCCCGCCCCCGACCCCAGGUCACCUGCCCCCUUGGAGUCGAGGCCCGGCGCGGUUCCUGCUGCAUCUGUCGCGUCCGCGGGUUGUCGCCUCCCAGAGACGGGGAACCCUCGAACCUAUAGCCCAGGCUUGUGCUAGUUUAGAUGAGGGUCUUGUGGCCUUGAGCCAGCGUGUAUCUCGCCAAUUUUGUUUUUAUUUUUGUAAUCGAGUCCUCGUUGAAGCCGGAGGCGCAGUAGUAGCCGUUUUGGGUACCGGUACCAUGCACAUAGUAGGUACUCCUCGGACGUAUCUGGUGGCUUGAAACAUGUUGAUAGAGCCGUGAACUAGGGCCUUGGGCAUGUGACCACCGCAGGAUUGGGGAGGGAAUCAUUGUGGGGUCCGUGGGCUUAGUCACAUGAUGUGGGAGAUUCAGCCUUCUCGGUGGGAGAUUCUUACAGCUUCUGGACAUGUAUUCAUUUAAAAGACGUUGUGAGGUAACUUCUAAGUGUCCGUUUUGUGCGAGAGAAGCUUCAGCUGUAAAUGGGACCCAGGUGAUCCCUUGCCCUCACGGAGCUUAGUGUGUAAUGGAAAAAACGAACAAGUAACAAGCCUGUGAUGAGUGCCGUGAACAGGAAAUCCCACGAAGUUACUACUCUUCCGCCUUGGCUGAUGAAGUCACACCGUAUACCUCCUGUCUUCCAACAGCUGGAAAGUAACAAAGCUUUUCUAUUCACAUGAACGUGUGCGCACAAAGGAAGGAGGACCUGUAGCAAUGGUAUUUGGGGUGCUCUGCACAUGACUUAUUAAAGAGAAAUCGCUCAACAAAAUUAAAACAGGAAAUUUGCUGGAAUCAAGAAUGAUGGAUCCGUGUUCAGUUGGAGUUCAGCUUCGUACCACAAAUGAAUGCCAUAAAACCUAUUAUACUCGUAACACAGGUUUCAAGACUUUGCAAGAAUUGUCAUCAAAUGAUAUGCUCUUACUUCAACUUAGAACUGGAAUGACACUUUCUGGGAACAAUACAAUUUGCUUUCAUCAUGCAAAAAUUUACAUUGACAGAUUUGAGGAUUUGCAGAAGUCAUGUUGUGAUCCAUUCAACAUACAUAAAAAGCUAGCCAAAAAAAAUUUGCAUGUAAUUGACUUAGAUGAUGCUACUUUUCUGAGUGCAAAAUUUGGCAGACAGCUUGUACCUGGUUGGAAGCUUUGUCCAAAAUGCACACAGAUAAUCAAUGGAAGUGUGGAUGUUGAUUCUGAAGACCGGCAGAGAAGAAAACCUGAUUCAGAUGGAAGAACUGCUAAAGCUUUGAAGUCAUUACAGUUUGCAAACCCGGGAAAGCAAACUGAAUUUGCUCCAGAAACUGGUAAAAGAGAGAAAAGAAGGCUUACAAAAAAUACAAACUCUGGUUCAGACAGACAGGUGAUACCGGCGAAGAGUAAGGUCUAUGAUAGCCAGGGUCUCCUGAUUUUCAGCGGCAUGGACCUCUGCGACUGCCUCGACGAGGACUGCCUCGGCUGUUUCUACGCUUGUCCUGCCUGCGGUUCUACCAAGUGUGGGGCUGAAUGCCGCUGUGACCGCAAGUGGCUCUACGAGCAAAUCGAAAUUGAAGGAGGAGAAAUCAUCCAUAAUAAACAUGCUGGAUAAUCUG